AUGCUGGGGACAAACAAGAUGACCCUGUGGGUCAUGACGGGCUUCUGUUCCGUCACCACCGUCGUCUUCAACGUGUUCCUGUUCCUGAUGAGCCUGCAUGACUACCAGCGGAGGAAGAAGCAUCAGAGCAUCAUGGCCGCCUUGUCUGUGGCCAACAUCUCCCACCAGCUGCUGUGCUACCUGUGGAUGAGCAUGGACGACAUGGACGCCAAGUGUCACGUGGGCCACACGCCGUACGCCGUCCUCUUGGUGCUCAUCUUCAGCCUGAAGUUCAGCAUCAUGUGGGACAGCAGCCUCCUCACCUUGUACUACAGCACCAAGCUGGUAAGCGCGCCCGGCCGCCGCCACGCCGCCAUCAACAGGCUGGUGGUGCCGGCCGUGCUGAUGGUUCCUCUGUGGGGCGUGGCCACCUGCAUGCCCAUGCUGGCGGUCUUCCACCCCGCCAACCACACGGCGGGAAACAGGGACUGCGGCGUGCUGAUGCCCGACACCGAGCCGGGACAGAUUUACGAGGCUGUCUACCUGAUCCUCUCUGACGUGCUGCCGGGGAUCCUGAUGGUUCAAUGCUGCGUCUCCAUCUCCGCACACCUGGCCCGCCAUCUUGGCCACAUGAAGGCCAGCAGCAACGGAGCGCACCUGCCCAAGACCGGCGCCCAGAUGAGAGUGAUCCGCAUGUCCUUGUCCCUGGUGGUGGUCUUCCUGCUCUUCCUGGUGGUGGACCUGUACGUCAACUAUCAGAUAGCGGUGCAUCACCAGAACGCCAUCACGCUCACCUUCUUCUUCACCUCCGUUUACACCGCCGCCGCCGCCAUGGUGCUGAUCUACGGGAAAAAGAGCAUGUGGAAGGUUCUGGCGAGUGAAUGUCACGUUUGUGUGGACGCGUGUUCGUGUUUGGAGGCUCUGGAGGGGCCGGAGCAGGAAGUCCAAGGCAGCAGACCCCCUGCUGGGAUCAAGAACUGA